UCAGGGCGACGGUGAAAUUAUAUCGUGGCACGAAUUAUCGUUGCUCCUGGAGGGAAGAUCGCGAAGAGGCUUUCCCUCUUCCUGGGAAAGACACUCGGCUCGGAUCUCGCAGAUACACGCGGGCUGCGUGAUCUCGUGAUUAGAGACCAGCGUACCGUGAGAAAUCCUUGACGUAUCGGUCGCGCGUAAAAGACGUCGGCGGAUCAUUAACGUCUCGCGGAAAUUACGGCGUGGAUCCUGCUCGCGCCGCUCAGGACCGAGAAUCCCGGUAGCGCGGGCACGAGUCGAACCGUCUUAUAGCCUUGGUACCUUGCCGCGGCGCGACGUUACAUAUGGAAUUACGAUUCCCCGGUUUACUUUCUCACGAGCGAGAUAAUGCCGGAUUGUUCGCCGACGCCGCGAUCGCGCGUACAAUUCGAGAACCUGGAGAACGACGAGAGAAGACCUAUCCUCGUCAUCCCUCUUCGCCCGCUUCUUCGACUUUCUCAUUUCCACGCGUCGCUCAUCCGUGAGAUCGUGAGAUCCUUAAAAUUCAGCUCGCGUCCGCGACGUCGGAUUCGGAAUCCGGUUUGACCUUAACGUACUUGACGACGAUGUUAUCAGUCGGAGAACUCGUCCCGACUCCCGACGCGACGGGAUCCUCCACGUCGUAGGGAUCCUCCCGGGCGCAGCGCCGAGCACGUUAUCCCGCUCGCGUACUUGAGCGGAAAACGCGGGAUGCGAGUUGUCGUCGGCGGAACGCACAAUCUGACCUGAUUUCCAUUGAAUAUGCCUUUAUGCGGCAGGACUCCGGAGAGCGGAGCGGAGUCCGAGAUGAGGCGACCGUCGCGGGGGCCGGCGCGAUUGUCGCUCAUUUGUUUCCAGUCCCGCGAGUCAAUAGAAAGGCGACGCGAGGAGGACGUUUCGGUAUCGGUUUUCCGGUAUCGUGCUUCUCCAACUCCCUCCGGCUCUCUGUGCUCCGGUGCUCCGUAUCGCCGCGCGAGGACACCGCCAGUGAAACAUACUUUGCGCUCUUUUUACGCCAUCUCUCUCUCUCUCUCUCUCUCUCUCUCUUUCUCCUCCCCCCGUCGCUGCGCUUUCACUAUCGAACGUCGAAAAACAUAGCACUCUUUCUGCCUUUCGUUUCGUCAUAUAUGUUGGUUGUGAUUGAAAUAGAACAGGAGUGUAUCUUGGGCUCUUCUCGUAGCACGGCAUUGAAUCAACAUAGUAAUGAAGCGGUGACGACAAUGCCGGUUCCCAACCCCGACGGAAAAAAUUCUACACAAAUUCUACAUUAGAAGAAAUGCCGCAAAAAUUUUAAAACACGAAUGUCCGAACAGCGGUGAGGAUAGCGAGGAAGAUGUAAUAACUGAUUACCUUGGCUCAUCGCACUGCGAUCGCGUGCCUAUCAUUAAUGGGGAUCUACGCGGCCUGAGUUUACACGGCGGCAUAAUCACGGAGACCGGCUACAACACCAAAGACAAUACCGACAAAGCGCCGAUCAUCAUGUCCGAAGGCGGCGACGAACAACAGCACCACCAGCAGCAACAACAACAGCAGCAGCAGCAACACCCACUACUCGCACUCGGCACUAAUAUACUACAAGCCCAGCCUAAUCCUUUAGUGCCCACCAUUAGCGUUACGCCGCAUUCGCCCGGUGUGGCCAAGAAUUAUCCGGUCCUAGAGGAGAAUUUACAACAACUACAUGAGAUACAUGACUGCAUUCAACGUAUGCGAGACUUGACCUUAGGCACUUUGGGAUACAAUAUUCGCACCUCGAACGAUGCUCCGCAAAGAUUGACCUCCUCCUGCCCAUCCCUGUGUCCGCUGGCUUCGGCCGAGCUCGUGUCUCGUUCCGGCAAUCAUCACCAUCAUCAUCAUCAUCAUCAUCACCACCAUGAUACCGGUUCUGAUCCGGACCUUCUCCUCGGCAAUUGUUCCACGAACAGCUCUCCGACGCAUUUUCCGUCAACGGGUGGUCAUGUCCACUCGCAACAAGCGCAAGGUAUAGAUCGGAGACGCAGCUGGACCGGAGAUCUGGAGGAUCUGGAGGAGACCCGACGCGGCCGCCGCCGAUACUCCGGACAAAAUCAUCUACAAGCCCAAAAUAUGGUUAAUAUUGCCCGUUACUUGUUGAAACCAGGGCACGGACCCGAUUCAAUCUCGCGACAACGCAGCAUUAGUUUAAGUAGCCUAGACAGCGAGAACGAGAUAGAAUUAGAUGGAAAAUCAUGUACUGGACCUGUAGGCGUAAGCAAUCGACCAUGCAGGUCGCAAACGAGCACGCACUCACUGAACGAAGCUGAUCUUGUACAGAACGAAUAUCAGAAGAUAGUCACAAAGAGGAGUAGUCAGAGAUUAGCAGAAAGUAGCAGUUUAAUGCCAGGACUGACUGGUUCGCGUUUACCUCUUCAGAAAUCUAUAUCGACGCCCUCAAUCGUUACUCCGCAGGUUCACGCGCAUUUAACUGAAACUGGAACUCGAACGACGCCUUCACUUGCAGCCCGUCAUGAAAGAAACGAAAAGGGUAGUGGGAGUGAGACAGAAACCGAAGAUCUUCAUACACCACACAGCCACGAAUUCCACGAAGACCGGGAGGGCACUCCGAGUGUCCCGAUAUCCCUUGACGAGCUUUUGACCGAUGGUACUGCAUAUGAUGAUCAUCAUUCCGAAAAGACUAGAAGAAAGCGCGGUUCUAUUUUCUUCCGCAAAAAGAAGGAUAAAAGCGGAAAGAAAACUAGUCAACAGCAUCUGUGGGUAACGAUGGUGGUGGGAACUCAGGGAAGCUUAUUAUGUGAUGUUUGUAUGAAACAUUCGACGAAUAAACCGCUCCUUCACUGCGACAAUUGCGGAGCGUCGGUUCAUCAAAGUCAGGGAUGUAAGGAUCAAUUAGUGUUGGAGUGCAUCAAGUCUAAGCAUCAUUCCGGCAAAUCCGCAACAAAGUCUUCAUCCAACAUUUCCACAAUUUCAAGUAACAGCAGCGUCAACAAACGAGGUUCCACGACAUCAUUGCCUCUACCGACGUCAACCGGAAGCGGAAGAAGAUACCAUGGAAGUAAGAUGUCCUUUUUGAUAGAAGCAGAACGCUGUGGGGUUGAAGCUCAAGGGGUGAGACUACGAAAGUCGAAGUGGUCGAAGUAUCAAUAUGAUGGCAGUAAAGGGCAGCGAAAUGAACAGGACAGAGCGGAGCAUACUAACACUGACACUAAAACAAACUAUUCGCAAUCACGGCGUUACCUGUUAAAAUUGAGUCAAACGAUAAAUGAAGAAAAAGAUGCCGAGACGGGGCAACAUCGUGAUCUUCCCAGCGGAUGGGAAGAAUUUGACUUUGGAGAUGAUGCUCAUCAGUUUACGGUGGCAGAUCUCGAAGAGAUAGAUCCCGAGCUGACAUUGGGAAAGGAGGAACCCGAUUCUUGGAGCUCCGCAAUUGGUCGCAACAUCGCGUUACGUCUCGUCGAUCAUUGCGAGCGCGAAGUGAAGAGACAAGAACACAUAUACGAAUUCGUGCUCACGGAGAAGCACCAUUGUCUGGUGUUACUCGCCAUGGACAAGAUCUUUGCGGACGGAUUGCGACGACACUUUCGUCUGGGUCAGACGGAUCUCGAACGAAUGUUUCCCCGAUUGCGAGAUCUAAUUGACAUCCAUCUACGAUUUCUGCAUAAAUUGCGGAAGCGGCAGAAUGCUAAUCCCGUGGUUUCUACGAUCGUCGACAUUCUAGUCGAGCAAUUUUCGGGUGAUAACGCGCAACGUAUGAAGAGCGCGUAUGGAGAAUUUUGUAGUCGUCAUCGAGACGCUGUCGAAGCGUACAAAUAUUACUUACGUAACGAUCCUCGCUUCGCCCGUUUUGUUCGCCAUUGUCAGACGAAUCCUUUGUUGAAAAAGAAAGGUAUACCUGAAUGUAUACUUUUUGUCACUCAACGUUUGACGAAAUAUCCGUUGCUGAUCGAGCCGCUCAUCAAAACCGGCAUUGCACGAGACGAAAGUGAAGACUUACGUAAAGCAUUGGUUCUUGUUAAAGUGAUUUUAGCUGAUGUAGAUGACUGUGUAGCCGACAAAGAGCGAGAAGAUAGAAAAUUAGAAAUAUACAAUAAGAUUGACGUAAAGUCGUUCGCGACAUAUCGUGGUGCCAAAUUCAAGAAGUCGGAUAUAAUUAACAGAAUCCUGAAGUUCGAAGGCACUGCAUACUUAAUGCAAGGUCGUGGCAAAAUGACUGCCAUUGUAGUGGUUGUUCUCUCAGACAUACUGUUUUUCUUGGCUGAGAGAGAUCAGAAAUACGCGUUCUUCGUGCCUGACAAUAAAGCCGGUAUAGUAUCGCUGCAGAAGCUGCUGGUUCGCGAGAAGGCCCGUCAAGAAUCUAGCAUUUACUUGAUAAGCAGUAACCCGGCCGAGCCAGAAAUGUUUGAGCUAAAGAUUUUAAAGCCAAAGGACAAACAAUUAUGGAUACAAGCUAUCCGGUCUGCGGUGGAAGCUUGUCCACAAGAUCCUGAAAAUGAGGCCGACAUGCUGACUGAAAAUAGUAACGAAUUGCGAGACACUCGUUCCUCCUCGAUCUCGCUGGUCUCCAUGGAAGAGAAACAGCGUAUUGCCAAGGUUAAAGAAUCACACAUACUUGGAAUCGUCGGCGAAUUGCGAAAGAAAGAUACAGAGCAGGCGUUGCUGCUUGAGCAGAAGAUCCACUUGCAAAUGCGACUCUUACAAGCGGCGAAUAACUUGAGUGGGAACGAGAGCGAUAACGAGAGAAUUGAGAAGCAUGAGAAAGAAGGUGCCGAUUACACCCGGUUCGUGCAUAAUGAAGCGCCUGAUACUACCCAAUUGUGGCAAGAGGUUGUUGUGGCGGUACAAGAAGCAACACGUCUCGCUAGCUCGUUGUCGUUCAGUGCGGGCGGUGCUACUCUGUCGCGAAGCUUAAGCUCCGCCGGUGAACGCCACAGCGAAGCUUACAUUCCGCCAGCUCUCUGCGUUCCUCGAAGGGCCGAAACAUUCGCCGGUUUUGAUCACAAUAAAGAGAGAUAUCCGCUGCGUGAUUCAAAUACGUUGCACGCUGUGAUUCCUGUUCCGAAACUCGGUGAGUUACCCAAAGAAAAUCCCGACCAGAAGGAUGGCCAAGAAUUGGAGACAAAUAAGGAUCAGCAAUGGGCGGCGAUACGUUUGUCUCAUCAUGUUUAUACGUUACUCUGUAUAAUAAGUAAUCAGAUGACAACAAUCGACAGUUUACAAGCGCAAUUGGCCGCGUGUAAAGAAGGCAAAUCAUCCAGUAGCCGGCCGAAUUCGAAUCGUCAAUUGGAAGAGUUGCGGAACUUGCAGGAUCAGCUUUGCCGAGAGAGAGCGACCUUUCGCGCUGUGUCUCAGCAAGAGAAAACCCAGCUGGAGGAGGAACGGGCUGAAUUGGCGCGACAGAGAGAACAAUUGGCUGCGGAACAACGGGACGUAACGCAACAACGAGAUCAAUUAUAUCGACGACUUGAGGCAUUAGAGCGACAAGGUGUAACGUUGGUUGGAAGUUCUACGACCGGCUCGAUGAUUCACCUAUCUCACUUGUCACAGAACGCUGAAGCAAUACAGCAAAGCACGCGCAAGACACAAACUGAAGCGAAACGCAUCCCCAUCAAUCUGAUCAGUGCGACGAAUCAGCAGAAAGUGCAGAGUAACUUGCCGGUCAAGCAACAGCUGCCGCUGAAGCUCGCUAGCGGAAGUAACAACAAUUCAAGAAGCGGUAGCACCGCGAGUAAUAAUAGUCCAGAUCGACACUCCAGGGCGGGCAGCAGCCCUGCAAUCGUCACCGGAUCCGCGUACUCGUCACCGGAGCUCGGGAACAGCCACCAUCAUGGAAUCGGUGGUGGGAAUCAUACGCAUUCGUCGAAUCGCUCGCUUCGAAUUACUCGCUCGCCGCCCGAUACCUCGUAUGCGCAUCAGCAAGCGCAGCAACAACAGCAGCAGCAGCGAAGUGCGGAACCGCAACCGCAGCAACAGCAGCAGCAGCAACAACCGCUGGAGGAGGAGGUGAUCUUCUUCUGACGUUUCUUUCGAUUUGGUCGCAAGCAUUCAUCUCGUUCGUCGCGCGCCAGUGCCUCUACCACUGGCACGACGACACCGACCUUAACACCGGCACCAUCACCGCGCAAUCAGUCGAGAAACAGCCAGUCCCGCAAUCGCGUUAAAUCCUUUUGAUUUUCGACAUAAAACUAUCGCGAUGAUGCAAUCUAUUCACUAUUUCACGGAUACUUUUAAUCUAUCAUUUCUUACCAUCUUUCGCAUCUUCUUCUAUCGCUCACCCUUUUCUCACUACGGGUUUGAUCGUUUUACAAUAGGAUGCACCUACGGCUAUUUAUCUCACAACGAGGUCGUACGAUACUGCAUCUUGUCCACAUGAUGACACUAUCGUCAAUAAAUGCGAGUAGUUUAGUCUCGGUAUAACUGGAAGAAGGAAGAGAAUAUAAUACUUUAUUACGUUCCAAUUGCUAUAACUGACGGCAAUAAUCAUUUUUAUGCCAAAUGCGCGAAACUAUUACCUUGACGAGAAGAAUACGUUAAGAAUAAAACGCAAUUUUUAUUAAAAAAAAAGUAAUUAGAAAUGCUCGCGAAAUGAAAGAGAAA